AUGGCCAGCGAACUGAAACCACGGCUUUGUAUCAUGACAAAGACUGAGAACGGGUACGGGUUUCACCUGCACGGUGAGAAGGGGAAGACCGGCCAGUACAUUCGCAAAGUAGAGCCCGCAUCGUCAGCCGAAGCGUCGGGGCUGCGCGCGGGGGAUCGUGUCAUUGAGGUGAACGGGGGAAAUGUGGAGAAAGAUACGCACCAUCAAGUGAGUAUAGCACAUCACGAACUGUCCAACUCCAUCCGAUUUUUUCUGUCAGUGGACUACAUCGACAUGUUUAAUAUCUUAUGAGCCUAGUGUUUCGGUAAUGAUAUUGUCAUGGAAAUGACAGACAGACAGACAGACAGACAGACAGAGGAGGAAGAGAGAGGAGGACACGGAGGGGUCAACAGAGCUACUGUAUCAUGCAUUGGCAUUCAAAAAGUUCAAAACGUUGAAGGAGCACUUGACAUUUGAUUUGAUACUUGAAUUUAUUCACUGCACCCUUAAUAUGGUUUUAUAAGCUAAUUGUGCCUAUAUAAAAUAAUCAUAGUAUACAACAAUGGACAAUACCAAAAUAGACCAUUACUUUAGCUCCCCUAAAAACAACUCAGCAUUUCAAGAUGCAGUGGCAUAAUAUAAAUCAUAACUAAACUCCUAACAACUUUUCCAGGUUAAAAUAUCCACUUUUUUAUGACUAGCCUACUUAGCACAUUGAAACCAUGUAAAGACACAGUGAAUGGUUAACAUCGCACUCUAACCAAGUUGUUUAGUCUAUAAUGUUCUAUGGUCUGUGAGAAUAAGCAGACAGUCUAGACAGCCUUUCAGAAGUUACUGGAAGACAUCACACAUCUCCCUAUCAUCAGCUGCUGAGAGUGCCUGGUCACACACACACACACACACACACACACACUCACACUGCUGUGUUGAUAGUGAUCUGAGUUCUUAGUGAAUGGCUGUGUUGUAUCUCCGAUGGGCAAUGGCAGCCUGAAGAUGAGACAAACACACAUAAAGCAGACAUAGCAUGCAUGAGAUUGAAGUGCAGCCAAUCUAUUCCAGUGAGGUAGAACGUCUGAAAUGGCUGUCAUCAUGUUAGUUGCAUGUCAGUGUGUGUCACCUCUGACAUUGUGACCCAGGAUGAGCCAUAUAGGAAGCCCUGCACUGUUAUUGUGUAACACUUUGGUUCGGUGAGCCACACUCGCAUGAUGAGGAACCUUGCCUGAGACCUUGUCUGAUACAUUUACAUUUGAGUCAUUUAGCAGACGCUCUUAUCCAGUUAGUGAGUGCAUACAUUUUUCAUAUAUUUUUCAUACCUUUAGUUAAGACCUAAUACUUAUAGACUAGCUCAGUGGGCUAACACAGUCUUGUGGCGCCCAUGCAGGAGACCUGGGAUCAAAAUCCGGUUAGUCACGUGUACUCCACUGGGUCUGCAAUCUGGACUUCAUAACCAACUGUCUAUAAAUCACCAGAGUUCCAGACGUCCUCGUUGUGUUUACAUCCCAAACCCCGCCUUCCUUCCUCCCUUACCCCAUGCCACUCAGCAGUAAGUAAUGAACGGCAGAGACAGACGUCUAAUGGGACGUCUGGGACAAGGGAGUCCCACUUUAGACACUACAACAAAGAGGCUGACUUGAUGUAGGGCCCAGAUACUGUAGAGAGUGUUGGUGUUUCUGUCUCAUAUCACAUCCUAUUCCCUGUAGUGCAAUACUUCAUUGUUAUGUCAAUAAUCAUGUUAUUACUCUCAUUCUCUUUCAUAUUUCUCUCCCUAUCUUACCCUUUCAUCCUCUCCUCUAUUCAAUUCAAUUCAAAGGGCUUUAUUGGCAUGGGAAACAUAUGUUUACAUUGCCAAAGCAAGUGAAAUAGAUAAUAAACAAAAGUGAAUUAAACAAUAAAAAAUUAACAGUAAACAUUACACUCACAAGUUUCAAAGGAAUAGACACAUUUCAAAUGUCAUAUUAUGGCUAUGUACAGUGAUAUAAUGAUGUGCGAUAAUGAUCUCCCCCUCCCCCAGGUGGUGCAGAGGAUCAAGGCAGUGGAGCAGGAGACCAGGCUGCUGGUGGUGGACCGGGAGACAGACGAGUACCUCCGCAGCCUGCGCCUCGUCUGCACCGAGGAGAUGGCUGUCCGCAUGGGGGGACCCACCUCUGUGUCCCCCGCCUCACCCCCAGCCUCACCGCCCCCCUCCUCGCCCCCGGCCUCCUUGCCCGCCGCCAAGAGAGAGAACGGCUCCGUGUCCAAGCUGCCCGCCACCCUGACUAGAGAGGUGCCCAAGCCCACGCGAAGGUCUCCGUCGCGGGCCACCAAGAAGGUGCGGUUGAGACUCAAUGGUUUUUACACUGUAGGGGUGUUGUGGUGGUGGGUUAGUGCUGGGCUGGAACAAAAGCAUCCACAUGUACAAACACACACCAGAGACCCCCAGCUGACAUAGAUACAUGAUUUUUACACUACACUGGAGUAGGGCUGUGUUCUUGUCUUAGUGCAGGGCUGGAACAAAAUCCUGCACUCAUAUCUGCACAUCAGAUAUGGGCUGAAGGCUCCUGGAUCAGGGGAUGGUAUUUUGGGGAUUAUGGUUAAAAGUAGGGAAUGUUCAAGGGUACAUACUUAGGCCGUUGAAUUCCUUAUGGAAUUGCACGCUUCCAAUCUCUUCCAAACUCUUCUGUCCUGCACCAUUCCUUCAAGGUGUUGCUAUGUCAACCCCACUUUCUUCAUGUCUUGUUCUGCCACACCUCCAGGUGUUCUUGGGUCUUCCUCUCUUGCUUUCACCCUGUGGGUUCCAGGUAAGAUCGAGUUCAAGGUUAGCUCAAGGGUCCUAACCCAAACUGCUAUCUGUUAAUUAAACACUACCAUGCUGUCACAGUAUGCUGGUAUUUUAAUGUGGGUCAGCAUUCUCUCACUGUAGCAGCCAGAGAAGCCGAUGUAUAACAUCUGAUUGCCUUUAGUCACAGAUCUAGGAUCAGCUUAUCUUCCCCAAAUCAUAACCUCCACUAUUAGGGGGGAGACAUAAAAAUUGACCUUAGAUCAGUGUCUAAGGUUGAUUCCAUCCUAUGCCCGCUGAGAUCUGAUUACCUGGGUCUUGUUUUUCGAGCUGGCUGACUGAGAUCCAACCUGAUCUGAUGGCCUAGAUUAGAUUAGACCUGUCCUCUGUUUGAGGCGAGCCCUGUCCAAGACCUGUCAACACACAGUAGUAACAAUGUGUUUGUGGGGUGUAUGUGUGUGUGUGUGUGUGUGUGUGUGUGUGUGUGUGUGUGUGUGUGUGUGUGUGUGUGUGUGUGUGUGUGUGUGUGUGUCGGAUGGCAGGAUUGGUACUCAAAGUCAAGGGUCAUUACAUCACUGUGGUUAGGAUUCUGACCUAAUGGACAAUGCAGCAAUUCUCCCUGUGCUUGCCAAGUACCUAAGUGACAUCCUGUGGCUGUAGAAACGACUCUCCACACAGUAUUACAGUAGACCUCAGAGUUUGAGUGCUGAUCUAGGAUCAGUUUAGCGUUUUAGAUCAUAAUGAAUAAGAUGGAUGGACGGGGGACCUAAUCCUAGAUCAACACUCCUACUCUGUAACGCUUUAUGAAUAGGGACCCUUGGGUGAACAUUUUCUGGUGAAUGGUUGUAUGUGCAGAUGUCUGAAAUAUGAUAGCCCUUGGUUGUAAACAGUUUGUUUUCUGAAAUCUAGUUCAAGUAUUGCAUGUUGAUUUGGAAAACCGGAUACAUUUCCGUUGGGUCCCUGUCUUCCUGACAAUCUACUCUGCUUUUGUUUUACAUCUGCCCUAUCUGCAAGAUGAGGCUUCUCUGCUUCUGUUUCAUGCAUUAAACAGAACAUGUGUUUUCACUUACGCUCGUCUUGCCAAUUGGUGCACGAUGCAGAACUCUUAUUUCUACAUAAGCACUGACAAGGCCAAUCAGUGUGUGUGCGUGUGUGCGUGUGUGUGGUGUGGUGUGGUGUGUGUGUGUGUGUGUUUAGCCUUUGCUCAGCUGCGAUCGCUUUGUGAGCCGUGGAGAGAAAUCCCAGCAGCCUGAGGGGCCAGAAGGCCUAGCUAAGCUCAGGAAAUGUCUCUCUCUCUCUCUCUCUCUCCCUCCCUCUUCUCUCUUCAUCCUCUUCUCUCUCUCUCCCUCUCUCCUCUCUCUCUCUCUCUCUCCUCUCUCUUCUCUCUCUCUCCUCUCCUGCAUCUCCUAGCUCUCCUCUCUCUUCUUCCCAUCUCUCAGCUCGAUCCUAACGUUCAUCUCUCUCAUCUCUCCUCUCUCUCUCGCUCAUCUCUUCUCUUUCUGUCUCGGGUUCCUUGCUCAUCCACACACCGUCCACCCCCCUGCCCUCUCUCUCUCAAUUCGCCUCUCCCCCAUGCUUGCCUGAAGAGAACAUAAAUACACAGAGGGACCCCAGAAACAAAUCCGUUCCAAGCGGAGGAGAGCCGAGAGGAGGUUUAUAAAGCAACCUUCAGGAGCUGCAUGCCAAAAGGCAAUCCCAAACUAAAAGCAAAAAUGAUUUGAAAGACAAAGCCCUGGAGUUUUGGGAAUGGCUCAAACUCUAAAGCCUCAUGUUGGAAGCAUCCUUCCAACUGAGUUUUCAAACUGUCAUUCAGUUUACAGUAAAAUACAAACAAAGGAAAAGUAAUACAAACAAAGGGAAAGUAACACUGUGGUCAAGACUUACAGUAAGAGUUCAACCAGGCAAGGAGAAGUGUCCAGGAUGUUACCCAGUAGAGACAGUUCAAACUGGGGGGACUGGGUGUUUGGAUGAAUGAAUGAAUGAACGAACCCAUGAAGUAGUCAUCCAUCCAUCCUUCCAUCCUAACCCCCAGUCAGAGUGCUGAUGUCCAGCCCAGAUGGGUGACCGUCAGGCUGACAUUUGAUCUUCCAUUUAGUGGCACAUUCCUCUGGCUCUCUGUCAUCAACAUCUCGUACUGUAACGCACUGUUUCCCAAACUCGGUCUUGGGGACCCCAAAGGGUGCACGUUUUGGUUUUCAAAGCUUGAUGAUGAGUUGAUUAUUUGAAUCAGCUGUGUAAUGCAAGGGCAAAAUACAAAAUGUGCACCCUUUGGGGUCCCCAAGACCGAGUUUGGGAAACCCUGCGACAACAGCCAGUCAGCGGGUCAGCGUAGGGUUAGGUUUAAGUCUGGAGGACACACACACACACUUUCUCAUGUAUGCACGGCACGCACACACACACUCUCACGUAUGCACGGCACGCACACACACACACACACACACACACGGAGGACUAGGGUCCUGCAGCUGGACAUGCCUAUGGUAAUGUGUAACAAGCUGUGGGUGGACGAGGAGGGGAUAUUUCCUGUUUCAUCACAAAGGGAUCAAAGUGUGUGUUUGUGUGUGAUAUGUGCAUGCGUGCGUGUGUGUCCACUCUAAUCCACAGAGCUAAAAUAAUGUAUUUAUUUGUUGAUAUAGUAUAGCUGGUGGCCAGGACUCAUUAUCAAAUAAUAAGGGGACAGUAUCCGGUCUGCAGCCUUUAGCUGACCCCAAUGCCUGUACUCUGUCAGUGUCCCAACUGAGAAUCCCAUCUUUUAUAAGAGAUGGAUUUCAGUCUAGAUAUGCAAUAUAAAACAUGGACCAUGCAUCUGUAACUUCCAUUGCAGACUGCAGAGGCUGACGUAGAGAGUGGGGGGGGGGUUACUACUGGGAUGUCCCUCCUAGUUGUCUGCACCAGCCGUCUGUCUCACACCCUGUCUCCCACACACGUCUGUUUUACCACCUUGGCCUCCGCUGUGGCCCGUAAAACAGACGUAUAAAUGUCUGACCAGCUGGAUGGAGGGGGGAACAGGCAACGAGGGAGGGAGGGUCUCUGUAGCAGGGCAGCAGGGUAGUUGCUCAGUCUUUCACAGGAUGGCUACUUAACCACAAAGCAGUUAUGAUCAGUUUUAUAUGUUACUUUUUUGGCUUAGUCUACCCAGUUAUCUAGAACACUAAUGAUAGGUGGAUAAUAUAAUAGUUAAGAUAUAAUAAUAAUAUAAUAAUAAUAUAAUAAUAUAAUAUUGAACAGUUAGCCAGUUAGUUGAAACAGCGUAUCCACUACUUUCAGUCUUCACUGCAGCUCAUUCUUGUAAGGUAUCUCUUGAAGAGGUUAGAAUAUCAAACGGUCAUCUCAGUGAAGUAGGUAGAUCACCACUGAGGUUAGUAGGCUACACCAGAGGAGGUCAGGAGUCAGUCCACAGAAAUCAGAGGCGCGGGAGAUUAAGAGAUGGGAUCUCUCUUUUCCUCUCCUCUCUCCUGUGUAUGCAGCGAGCCAAGGUUGGCAUACAGUAGUGUUGUCAGGGCAGCCAGACUCCUAGGGUUUACCUUGAAUUCCAGGACUUCCUGGGGGGGGGGGGGGGGGGGGGGGGGGCUGAGGUUGGCUCCAAGCUGAGCCCAGUCUGUUCUGGGCGGGGAGUAGUGCAGGCAGGGCCUCUACAGAAUCCACAGACCCUCUGUCACCAACCUAAUCACUAACACAUGGACCUAAUGUUGGGUGUGUUCAUGCUUCACACUGCGUGUGUGGUGUGUGUCUGCAUAUGUGCAUGGUGUGCAUUACUGCCUGCGUCGUGGGUGUAUGGCGUUGUCUGAGGGUCCAGGCCCACCUUUGCUUAUGCACAUUUGCAGGGGGUGUGUUUUUAGAAUUUACGAUACUCACGGGUUUUUGUUCGGGUUUUUUGGCCCCUUUUAAAGUUCGGUUUCCUUUCCCGGCUUCCUUACUUUUACUCCCCUGAAAUUUUUGGUGAACAGCUAACGGCCGAAGAAGAGAAAAAAUCAAAACCCAAAACUAUUUCCCAAGGUUUUUUGUUCCUACCCUGGUUGAUUUUGGUCCCCCUUUUAAUUGGGCCCCCGGGUUGGUGAUUUUUUUAGGGGUUAAUUUUGACUGUUGUGACUGUAAAGGGCUGUAACUGAUUUGUGGGGACUGUACUGUAACGGGGACCUGUGGUAACGUAGCGUACUGACUGUGUGAUAGCGUACUGACUGGGGGUUGACUGAGGGCUGUACUGACUGUGGGGCUGUGGGCUUUUUACGAACUGUGGGGACUGUACCCUGAAAUGACUUGUGUUUACGGUAGCUGUCCUUGGACUGUUACGGGUUAAGUUUUUAACUGAACUGUGUUUAUUUGUAGCGGGACGACCCCUGGGGCCCUUGGUUAGCGGGGAUUUUGACUUGGGGGGACGUAGCUGUACGACUGUGUGACUGUAUUUGGGGUUACUGAUUUCUGGGGGUUUUUGUUAGCUUUUUCCCUGACUGGGGUGAGGUGGGUUUCUUUUACGGGAUUGGGUGGGGACUUUUAGCGUCCUGACGGGUAGGGUAGCGGUACUCCCUGGUACGUGCUGUACGGGAACUUGGUACUUGUAUGUACUGAACUGUGUAAAACUUUAACUGUACUGAAACCGGGGGUUUUGGUACUUGUUUAGGCCACCGGGAAUGCGGGGAUAAAAUGAUUUUCCCACGAACAACCCCCCGGGCCAAGGAUGGGGGCUUGGUUACAGGGGAAUGGUUGACUUGUUUUACUGUUUUGAAAGGGGAGGAUGGGAAGGGGACUGGGGAGAGGAUGGGGGCUGGGAGAGGGAAGGUAAAGGAAGGAAAAAAGAUAGAAGGGGGGGUUUUUAAGAAAAAGAAGGGAAAAGGGGGGGGUGUUAGGAGAAAGAAAGAGGGGGGGGGGGGCAGAAAGAGAGAGGCGGAGAAAAAUAGAAAAAAUGAUUUUGACAUUUAAAAUUUCCUUUAAUUUUUUUGGGGAACUUUUUGAGUUAAUUUUUACUUUUAAUUUUUUGUAUUUUUUUUUAUUUUUUGUUUAUUAUCUUUACUUGCUUUGGAAAAGGGAAACUAUUUUUUCCCCAUUCCCAAAAAAGCCCCUUAUUUUUUUAAAUUUUUUAAUUGAAAUUGAUUGAAAAAGGAGAGAUAUGAAAACAAAAGGAGAUUAGGAGAAAAAGGAGAAGAAAAUAGGGUUUUGGGAUUUUAUGUACAAAUGUAAAUAGUGGUGGAUAUAAAACCCAAACAGGAAGGAGAACAUUUUCACAUUUUCUUCCUUUUUGUAGUCAGCCAUAACAGUAAUGUUAUACAGUAAUGUGAGUCGUGUCCAGCUUUAAAAAAAGUAUUAUUUAACGACUCUAAUAGAAUCCUAAUAGAAUCCUACUGAAGACAAUGACUGCCACUGCAGAGGGAGUGUGUUAUUUAACACAUAUUAUAAACUGGGUGGUUCGAGCCCUGAAUGCUGAUUGGCUGACAGCCGUGGUACAUCAGACCGUAUACCACGGGUAUGACAAAACAGUUAUUUUUACUGCUCAAAUUACAUUGGUAAACAGCUUAUAAUAGCAAUAAAGCACCUCGGGGGUUUGUGAUAUAUGGCCAAUAUACCACGGCUAAGGGCUGUAUCCUGGCACUCCGCGUUGCGUCGUGCAUAAGAACAACCCUUAGCCGUGGUAUAUUGGCCAUAUACCACACCUCCUCUGGCCUUAUUGCUUAAUUAACAAGGGGCGUGGGUAUAUCUGAAGGCUGCUCUCCACACAAACAUACACACAUACACACGCACUCACACACACACAUGAAGAGAGAGAAAGAGAGACACACACGUAUGCACACAUAAACAGACAUGGGGUCUAGAUAUUACAGUAGGCUGCUCUGUCUAACCCACCAAAUACUAUUUUCUGGGGGUAUAAUAAAGACUGAUCUAAAGAGACCCCCUCCCAGGCCCAAACCCAGGGGCCCGGGUUUAAAGCGGCUAAAAGUUUUCCCGGGAGCCCUUAAUCAAAAAAAGAAAUCCCCCCCCCCCCCCCCCCCCCCCCAAAAAAAAAAAAAAAAAAAAGAAAGAAAUAAAAUUCUAUAAUAAUUAUAUUAAUGUAUUCUUUUCACGGGGGGAGGGGGGAAGGAGACGAAAAAGGGGAGAAAGGGGGGGGUCUUAUUGAAUAAAAAGGGAAGUUUUUUUUUCCUUUUUCCUUCCUCUUCUUCCAAAAUUUUCUUAAAUUUAAUUUAAACUUUAUUGGUUAACCUCUUUUUUCUUACAAGCUAAUAAAAAUUUAAAAUUCUUUCCCCCUUGCCCAAAAUCUUUUCCCCUCUCCCUUUUCCCCUUUUCCGGUCCUCUUUUUUUUUUUCCCAAGGUAAGGGGUUUUGGCCCCCGGGAAAAAAAAAAAUGUUUACAUUGCCAAAGCAAGUGAAAUAGAUAAAAAUCUAUUCACACACUUGCCAAUCAGCCCUUACCAUUGGAUGAAUGAGUGGGCUUUAACUUGCAGGUGAAAUGGCGAAGGAAAUGAAAACCGAACCAUGUGGUCAUGAGGAUGUAUCCCCUUACCUCUCCACACAGCUUAGGCAGCAGCUAUCACCUUAACACUUACCCAGUCACACAACCCCCCCCCCCGUCCCCCCCCCCCGUCACACCUUCUCCAGAAGAGGCGGGGCUUAGUCUUCUAUUGUCACCAGGACCCCGUGAUAAAGUGUCAGGUGUCACUUUCUCACAGCAUCACACAGAGCAGCCUCAGCCAGACCUACACAUACAUACACACACUCACUCACUCACUCACUCACACAUUCACACACAGCCAAACCACUACAGAGACUACUCUUCUCAUGCCUCUGUGGAGCCAGGGAUGAGAACAGGUGUGUGACAUCAUGUAUGUGGUUGUGUGCGUGCUCAUUCACAGUUAUAUCACCUUACUGUGUGGGCAUCAAGCAAAACUAUUAUGUCACUGUGUGGGGGUUGGCACUACUCAUUAUGACGUCAGUAGAGUGUGUAGGUGUUGGGGGGGACACACCUUGUUGACCUCCAUGUCUGUGUAGCACACACACACACGCACGCACACACACACACACACACACACACACACACACACACACACACACACACACACACACACACACACUAGUGAUACGCGGGUUGACUCAUAACCCGCAGGCCCCGUUGUUAUAUCCGCGGGGUGGAUGGGUUUAGGGUCAUUAAAUAUUUUGUGGUUGAAGGGCAGGUGGGUGGUGGGUGGUGGGUGGUGGGUGGUGGGUGGUGGGUGGAGGGUGGCGGGUGGAGGGUGGCGGGUGGGUUGAAUAAAGAGAAAAACAAUACCUUAAAAAAAUCCAGAAAUGUAUCAUUCUUGUGCAAUUUAUAUCUAUAGGCUAUUUUGAGGUUUUUCUUUCAUUAUUUUGGGCUAUCUGGCUUUAGUGCUUAAGCUUCAGGGCCUAACUGUACACGUGCCAAAUAGCCUACACACCUAUCACCUAAUGCUUUAGGGAACGGGCAGAAAAAGUGAAGGUCAAUCCACGGAGGCAAAAAGGACAUUGUCUUAGUUUAAUUCAAUAACACAAAAGCUACGAAAAGAGAGUUGAAAAUAAAGAGACGGGAGGGCCAGAAAAGUAAUGUUUAGGAAAGAUUUGGUGAAGUGGUAAAAGUGGAUGAUAGCAGUGCCGGCUAUGUUAUGUGUGAGGAUAGUGAGGGACUAUACAAAUUCGAUAGUCACAAGAUGGGACUUCAAAUAGGCCUAUGGCGUGUCAAGGGAACUGUAGCCUACUGUUUAGAUGGGUUAAAUCCUGUGUAGCUCAGUUGGUAGAGCAUGGUGUUUGCAACACCAGGGUUGUGGGUUUGAUUCCCACGGGGGGCCAGUAUGGAAAAGGUAUGCACUCACUAACUGUAAGUCGCUCUGGAUAAGAACGUCUGCUAAAUGACAAAAAUGUAAAUGUUAAAUAGAAACUGAAAUCUGGACACUGACUGUAGGUCUAUAACUUUCACGCCCUGACUCAGGGGACUCUUAUAUGUUGAGUCAGGGUGUGUAUAUUCCUUGUUUUGCUUUUUCUAUGUGUGGUAUUCUAGUAUGUGUAUUUCUAUGUUGGCCGGUGUGGUUCCCAAUCAGAGGCAGCUGUCGCAUGUUGUCUCUGAUUGGGGACCAUACUUAGGCAGCCUUUUGGCACUGUCUAGUUGUGGGAUCUUGUUCCGUGUUAGGUUUGUUGUCUGUACUACCUUUGGAGUUUCGUUUUGUCGGUUGUUUAUUUGUGUUAAAUAAACAUGUAUGCAUAUCACGCUGCGCCUUGGUCUGACCCGUCAUUAAACGAAUGUGACAAUAACCUCUCACAUAGCCUUAAUAUUACCGUUAUUUUCAAUUGCUAACAAGCAUCGGUCAAUACUGAAGCCACUUCAUACAUGUCUCAAAAUAAGCUUGUUCGACCAUAACACUGGCAACAAUUCUCACUCAGAAAGCAUACAUUGUCACUCAUAACACAAUGACCUAAAAAACACUAACAACAGGGAGCAUUACAAAAAUGAUGAACUUUCCUCUUUGAAGUUUGAAUGAUUUUUCACAAAUCAGUAUUUCAUUAUAGAAUAAGAAUAACACCUUUUCACUUUAUUGACUGUACUAAAGUAUAUGUAACAAGAAUGAUUCAGAAAUGCAGCAAUUUGCUUCAUUAGCCUUUAUUUUGUCUAUAUCUUUGCAUAAUAAUUUCCUGAAAUUCCAGGGCUGCAAUAAUAAUAAAUAAAUAAAAACAUCAAGUAUCUUCUGGAAUGUCUAAUCCAACCCUGGCAGUCUUCAGGAGAAGUGUCUCCACACCCCGCAUUCAUGGCAUCCAGUAAGGACAUCUGGUCAUGUGGAUGGUGGUCAUAAAUCUUCCACCUCCACGCAGAGAAAAACUCCUCUAUGGGGUUUAAGAAGGGGGAGUAUGGAGGCAGGAAUAGUACUGACAUCCUGGGAUGUGCAGCAAACCAGUCUAUGACUGCAGCAGAGUGGUGGAAUGGCACAUUAUCCCACACAACAACGAAGGUAGGGGAGUUUCUUGCCCCUCUCUCCUCCAGUGGCACAAGUCGAUUAUGCAGGUCAUCCAGAAAAUAAAUGAGCCUCUCUGUAUUGUAGGGGCCAAUGAGUGGUUUGUGUAACAGCAAACCAUCAUUGGACAGUGCUGCACACAUUGUAAUGUUAGCUCCUCUCUGGCCUGGGACAUCCACGGUUGCUCUCUGUCCAAUUACAUUUCUUCCCCUGUGGCGUGUUUUUGCCAGGUUGAAUCCAGCUUCAUCCAGAAAGAUGAAUGUAUGUGCAGUUUGCCUGGCUUCCAUCUCCAUUACUCUCUCAAAUAAAAUCCACAGUUUUACAGUACUUUACAUUAUGCAUAGCUGUGUAUGUACCCUGUUUGGUUAUUGAACAGACAUCUUACCUGGACUUAUUGAUACCGGAGUUCUUUCACACGUUCACCGUUUCUCUCAAAGGGUACAGUGUACAACUGCUUCAACAUUAUUUUAUGUUUCUCUAGGACUCUGGCAACUGUCGUUGUGCUGACCGUAUUCACAUUCCCAAAAGUGAUAUUGUCUGCCAGCACUCUGUCCCGAAUUUCCCGCAGUUUUAUUGCAUUGUUGCCAAUUACCAUAUCAACAAUGGCAAUUUCCUGCGCAUCUGAUAAUAUUCUGGCUCACCCUCCUGUGGGAGGCAACCUUUGGAUCCUACUGAAAAACACAAAACAAUCAAUAUGUUUCAAAAUGUCAGUACAUGUAAAAAUGUGAACAUACUGUAUUGUACUGUAAUAUGUAGUUCAAUUAUCAUUGAAGGAUGCACAUCUCACCUGUUGUUUUGCCGGAAAACUCGUACUAUUGGUGCAACUGUUGAACGCUGCAGAUUUGGUUGCACCCUUAAACCGGCCUCUCUCAAAGAGAGACCAUGGUUUACAACAUGGUCAAUAAUUGUGGCCCUUAUCUCAUCAGAGACCACCACUCUUGGUCUUCCUCUCCUUUGUCCUCCACGCAUUCUCCCUCUCCCUGCCACUCUUCUUUCCCCACCAACCUGUCUUCCUUGAUCCAUGUUUCCAAACUCAAUCAUUCCGAAGCCGUCCUCUUUUAUCUGUUUGGUAAUGAGACUUAAAAACAGGACACUUGGGUUUACUUUCAGCUGAAAUUGCAAUCAGCUGUGUUUGGAAUGAUGAAAUAUUCUGCUGAGAUUUUCUAUAUGUUUCAAUCUGGUUACUGCAGAAAUGUACGACAUUUGCCGUCAUUCUGUUUUGAAUGUGUUUUUAACCGUUUUGGAAACAGUGUGUUAGCAUUUGAAAACAUGUGCUGCAAAUAUAUAGUUUUGCAGGUGGUGGAGUAUGAAUGAGAAAAGAGUUAAUGGAUUUCGGAGAAUGUGGUCAUUGAAUGCAUUUUGUGUGAAAGCAAUGAAAAAUGAUUCACAGUUUGGUCCACAUACACUUCUGUUUCGCUGACUGUGUGAAGAGUUUUGACAGUUUGACUUCAGUUAUGACCAAUGCAUGUUAGCAAUUGAAAAAAACUGUAACUCCUGCAGAAUUAAGCAUUUCUUGCAGUACAAUUAUACACCAAAUGUAGGCACAAUUUGGGACUUGGGAACAGGAGUGGAGAAACAUGAUUUAUUUAUUUCAGCAUCUUGAGAGAAUGUGAAUGCUCAGUUAGAUAUCGUCUGUAGAGGUGCUGUCUUUAUCAGCAUCAUCAAAUCUGAUAGUAUUUCGGCCACAUAAAAUAUGCAUCCAAGCCGAACUGAAAUCUUAUCAGAAACACGUUGGGUCAUUUUUACAGCUUUCUAUUUCCUUACAACCGGUCAAACUUAAGUCAUUUGGACAUUUUGCACAGAAAAUCUUUCCCUUUUUUUUGUGUGUUAUUGUAUUUUCUCGCCUGUCCCUAAACAUCUUUGCUCCGCGAACAAAGAUGACAAAGAAAACUUUACUGAUGUCAACUAGAUUGAAGCAUUCAUUCUAUCUAUCUAUUACAUUAUUCUGUUGAGCAAGGGUUUACUUAGUCUUCUAUGGCAACAUAUAAUGACAGAAGAGAAGCUGCAUGUAUUUAAUUAUAGACAAGUUAACUAACAAAUAGCAUAACAAAAUGUCGGACAUUAUAAGCAGAAACGUAUUACAUUUACAUUUUACAUUUACUUCAUUUAGCAGACGCUCUUAUCCAGAGCGACUUACAAAUUGGUGCAUUCACCUUAUAGCCAGUGGGAUAACCACUUUACAAUGUUUUAUUUUUUUAUUUUUUGGGGGGGUGGGGUGGGGUAAGGGGGGGGGUAGAAUGAUUACUUUAUCCUAUCCCAGGUAUUCCUUAAAGAGGUGGGGUUUCAAAUGUCUCCGGAAGGUGGUGAGUGACUCCGCUGUCCUGGCGUCGUGAGGGAGCUUGUUCCACCAUUGGGGUGCCAGAGCAGCGAACAGUUUUGACUGGGCUGAGCGGGAACUGUGCUUCCACAGAGGUAGGGGAGCCAGCAGGCCAGAGGUGGAUGAACGCAAUGCCCUCGUUUGGGUGUAGGGACUGAUCAGAGCCUGAAGGUAUGGAGGUGCCGUUCCCCUCACAGCUCCGUAGGCAAGCACCAUGGUCUUGUAGCAGAUGCGAGCUUCAACUGGAAGCCAGUGGAGUGUGCGGAGGAGCGGGGUGACGUGAGAGAACUUGGGAAGGUUGAACACCAGACGGGCUGCGGCAUUCUGGAUGAGUUGUAGAGGUUUAAUGGCACAGGCAGGGAGCCCAGCCAACAGCGAGUUGCAGUAAUCCAGACGGGAGAUGACAAGUGCCUGGAUUAGGACCUGUGCCGCUUCCUGUGUAAGGCAGGGUCGUACUCUCCGAAUGUUGUAGAGCAUGAACCUACAGGAUCGGGUCACCGCCUUGAUGUUAGCGGAGAACGACAGGGUGUUGUCCAGGGUCACGCCAAGGCUCUUCGCACUCUGGGAGGAGGACACAACGGAGUUGUCAACCGUGAUGGCGAGAUUAUGGAACGGGCAGUCCUUCCCCGGGAGGAAGAGCAGCUCCGUCUUGCCGAGGUUCAGCUUGAGGUGGUGAUCCGUCAUCCACACUGAUAUGUCUGCCAGACAUGCAGAGAUGCGAUUCGCCACCCGGUUAUCAGAAGGGGGAAAGGAGAAGAUGAGUUGUGUGUCGUCUGCGUAGCAAUGAUAGGAGAGGCCAUGUGAGAAUAUGACAGAGCCAAGUGACUUGGUGUAUAGCGAGAAUAGGAGAGGGCCUAGAACUGAGCCCGGGGGGACACCAGUGGUGAGAGCACGUGGUGCGGAGACAGAUUCUCGCCACGCCACUUGGUAGGAGCGACCGGUCAGGUAGGACGCAAUCCAAGAGUAAGCCGCGCCGGAGAUGCCCAGCUCGGAGAGGGUGGAGAGGAGGAUCUGAUGGUUCACAGUAUCAAAGGCAGCAGACAGGUCUAGAAGGACAAGAGCAGAGGAGAGAGAGUUAGCUUUAGCAGUGCGGAGAGCCUCCGUGACACAGAGAAGAGCAGUCUCAGUUGAAUGACCAGUCUUGAAACCUGACUGGUUUGGAUCAAGAAGGUCAUUCUGAGAGUGAUAACAAGAGAGUUGGCUAAAGACGGCACGCUCAAGAGUUUUGGAGAGAAAAGAAAGAAGGGAUACUGGUCUGUAGUUGUUUACAUGGUAGUGAAAGACCAUGGUGGAACCUGGUGAGGAAGACAUGGUGGAACAUGGUGAGGAAGACAUGGUGGAACCUAGUGAGGAAGACAUGGUGGAACUUAGUGAAAACCCAUGGUGGAACCUGCACUAUUAGAAAGAAAGGUUCCAAAAGGGUUCUUCGGCUGUCCCCAAAGGAGAACCCUUUUUGGUUCCAGGUAGAACUCUUUUGGAUUCCAUGUAGAACACUCUGUGUAAAGGGUUCUACAUGGAACUCAAAAGGGUUCUACCUGGAUCCAAAAAGGGUUCUUCAAAGGGUUCUCCUAUAGGGACAGCCGAAGAACCCUUUUAGGUUCUAGAUAGCACCUUUUUUUCUGAGAGUGUGGUGAGGAAGACAUGGUGGAUCUUAGUGAAAACACAUAGUGGAACCUAGUGAGGAAGACAUUGUGGAACCUAGUGAGGAAGACAUGAUGGAACCUAGUGAGGAAGACAUUGUGGAACCUCGUCAGGAAGACAUGUGGCGAAAUUCUUGUUAGAACGCCUCCCUUUGAACCCAGUUGGAGAGAGGAGAGAGGAAGAGAGAGAGAGAGAGAGGAGUGAAUAGAGGAGAGAAAGGGGGAUAGAGAAAAAGAGAGCGAGUGAGAGAGACGGAGAGCAUAGGAAAGAGAAAGAGAAAGAAAGGGAUUUCCAAAGUAAUGGAAGCCAGCCCAGACUGACAACCUGCCUGCCUUCAAAGUCCCUACUUCUGCUGCUGGUAGUCCAGUGAUGAUUAUGAGGCCAGUCAGGGACAUGUUGCUAUUGAUGUGGUGUUGAUGUGGCUAUUCUUCCCACAGUGAUUGAGGACAGGGAUUUACUGUCUGAACUGUGAGUUGCGUUUCUAUUUCUCCUUCUGCUGGUUUUGAAGCCAUAUUGACCCAGAAACCCAUAGCCACAGCUGGGCAUAGCGUCCCCCCCCCCCCCCCCCCCACAUCAGACUCUGUAGUGGUGCCUAAGUCUUGAUGUAGAGGACAUUACAGAGUAAGUUGUUUACUGUCAAAUCCUCUGAACUUUUGGUUAAUCCACUUGUUUCUGUGGGAUUGAGGUUGUUGCUUAUGUCUCCAGUGAUUUCAUUCCCCCACUGGGCACAGACGUCAGUUCAACGUCUAGUUUUGAGUUAAAUUUGGUUGAGUAGUCAACUACCGUGAAUUCAACGUGAAAGCAACAACAAAAAAUCACCAUGUCAUUGGAUUUAGGUUAAAAGUUGGGUGAAGAAAAUACGAAAUUACCUUAUGUUGAUGACUUUUUGCAUAUCCAAUCAGUUUUCUAUGUUGAUUCAACUUCAUCACAUAAAAAAAAUAAUAAUAAUGAAAUGACGUGAAAACAACAUGGAUUCAACCAGUCUUUGCCAGGUGGGCAGUUACCAUAUGUGUCGUACUUCCCUUUUCCCAGUGUCUGUAAAGUAACAUUAGCUUAGUGAAACCACCUGUGUGUGUUUGCGUGCUGUGCUCGUGUCCUAUGUGAGUUGUAUACCGGUACGUUCAUAUGCAAUUGGUUGAAUAGGUGCUAGUAUCUCUCCAGGUGUUGCCAUUCACUGUGUCAGAACACACUAACACACUCUCCAGGCUGAAACGUGUGUCUGGACCAGGCCAGGGUUAGACUAGUGAUUGACCUACUCCCACAUAAGCUGGGAUGUUCUUCUUGCAACGUGAGACCCAGACGCACACACACACACACACACACACACACAACCCUCCUCCUGCAUUACAACAUCAUGUUGAGGCUUUAUGAAGGAAGGCCUUACUGGAAACAUCUGCUCUUCUCUACCUCUCACAUCUGUAUAAACAACCCCAGAGGGGAGUGUGUGUGUGUCCUAAUGUGUGUGUGUGUGUGUGUGUGUGUGUGUGUGUGUGUGUGUGUGUGUGUGUCAGGUGAUGGUGAGGUCAAACAGGCACUGAUCUGAAUCUAAACACUAACAGAGAGACUAAACACCACAAACUGAGAAUAAACAACUACUAGCUACAAACUGCUCAUCACUAGCUGUCAGUCCUCACUAGGGAUGGGUACAGUUAUUCAAAUAUCCGACCGGACUUUAGUAUUCGAUUACCUGGAAAAGUAUUAUUAUUUAUUUAUUUUUAAAGAUAGGCCUAUUUUAAUGAAAAGGCUUUGCCUAAAAUGUAAUUAAAUGAUCUAUGUGACAUUGCUACAUACAAGGACAGACCAUGACAUUAGACAUUUUAAUAAAACAACAGUUUUAUGACAGUUUUUAUGAGUGCGCCCCAUAAAAAAGACGUACGUUAGCCUACACACUUUUCACGCGUGUAGCUUGUUACUGUCGUCAAUCAAAGCAGCAGUGAGGCUCCAAGUGAAGUGGGCGAUUUCUAAUAAUGCCAAAUGGAAUUACAAUUGCGGAAUUAAGUUGGUUAAAUGAGAAGGAGUAGGCUACAAUGAUCAACCAACAGGUAGGCUGUUGUUUAAUAUGAAUGGAGUUGUUGUAGACAAGGAUGAGGGGAGCACAGCAAAAAGCCUCAAUUAACCUUGCUAGCUAGCUAGCUGGCUAACUAACUGGCUUGUGUACCUAGCUAGUUUCUUUAUAUCGAUUUGAUGCAGUCAAGACACACACGACCAGAUAGGCUGAUAGAUAACCUAUCCCAGCAACAAGUUUGUCUGAGUCGGUUUGGCUACUUUCUCUCUCUCUCAAUUCAAAUCAAAUGGCUUUAUUGGCAUGGAAAAAUAUAUACCUUUAAAACACAGUAUUUAAACUAUCCUGAUAUCAGAGAAAAACAAUCAUGAAAAAUCAUUUAAAAGGCCCGUUCCUAGUUCUCACUGCAUGAUACCAUAUCACUGCAUGAUACCACAGUAGGAAAUGAUGGAGCUUAAGAUGGGAAUCUGAUCCAUAUUCAUGUGUCCGCCUCUGUCCUCGGUCCUCCUCUGCAGGGCUGCUGGUGCAGCAAUGGAAGAGAAUCUGUGUGGGAAUAAAUGGUGUGGGGUUAGGGCCAAGGUCAGAGGUCAGAGGUUAGGAAUGAGUAAACACAGAUACAAGACAGGGAGGGAGGGAGGUAGGGAAUAAUGACAGAGAGCUGGAGUAGAGUGAAAGAGUGUUGUGUUGAAGGAGAGAAAAAAAGACUGAGGCAGUAAGAGGGAGGAGGUGAGAGAAAGAGGGAGAACGAGAGAGAGAGUUGUGUGUUAGAGGAUAUGUUCUUGGGUGGUAGCUUUAAAGCAGAUAUAGGAUCCAUGACUAAUGUAGCCAGUGGACAGUUGCUUUGUAAAUACAGUUGUAAAGUACAAUGAAGACACAAACACUUCUCUCUUUUUUAUGUGUUAAAGCUCAACAGGUCUUUCUGGAUCACAUGAACUUCAUAAAUCCCUUCUUUCCCCUCUUCUCCUUCUUUUCUCCUAUUCCCACGUUUCUCAUCUCUCCAUCUGCAAAAGGACUUUGCAAGUGUUGUUUUUGUCUUGCCUCAUUGUUUUGAUGUAAUUCUGUGGGUAGUUUUCUGGCAGUUUUUCUCUGUGUGAGAACUUGUGAAAAGUAUCAUCUGUCUCUUUGCAGUCUCACAUUGUGUCUCGGUCUGUCUCACGUCAGUUCUCAGUAAUAGGAUAAAGAUGACUGGUGUCGGCUCCGCUGGAGAGGGACACAGUACAGGAGUCUGAAGCCACUCAGCUGAGACGAGAGCUGAAAGCACAAAGCAGCUGGUUUAAAACACUCAUCUCCUGGGCCCAUAUUCACUAAGUGUCUCAGAGUAUUUGCUUUUAGAUCCUAAUGUAUUUAUAUGGAGAGGUGGGACCUGAUCCUAGAUCAGCACUCUGAGACUAUUUGUGAAUACAGGCCCUGGUCUGUAGGCUGUCACUGAAUCACUGAGCCUGUUAGACACUGAUCUCAUGUCUCACCUUUACCUAAUCGCUCAGUGACACUCUCUUCCACCCAAAAAGAGGGCAUAGAUAUAUAGUCAUGUCCCAUAUGGAAUAUUGUAGUGUUUCCUCAUCUGUGCUGUGGUAAUGGUGAGUCAUGGAAAAGCAAUGUGUCCUAUUUUUCUUCUAAAACAUGGCCCCCAGUAACAAAGGUUUUUUUAGUCCCAGUGCUGUACACCUUCUCCCCCCAUCUCCGCUGUUCUUCCCUCCCUCCAUCUCCACUCCAGGCUCCCCUCCAUCCCCCUCUUCCCAAGACCCUGCUGAAAGCCAGCUGUGUUAUGUCCAGAUGUGGGGGUCUGAAGGGGCCAAGUGGGGCAGGGGGGCCUGGGGCUAG